AUGGUCACGAAAUGGCAGCCGCCAGACCCCCCAUGGAUUAAACUCAAUGUAAAGGGAUCUUACAUCGAGGCGACGGGUCGAUCUGGUGGCGGAGGCAUCUUCCGGAACCAUCAAGGCAGCCUUGUCUCGACCCUUCUAACACCAAUGGCCACGAAGUCCGAACUCAAAGCAAAAUUGGAGAUGAUAUACCGGGGACUAUCCCAAGCUAGAGGCCUUGGCCAUCGGUCAUGGGUCGAGACCAGCUCAAGGCAAGCCACGGCUAUGAUUAACAAAGGAGAAUGGGGUCCAGCCAACGCCCGGCAAAUCAUGGUUAAAAUCCGAAACUUAUUGGCCGAAAGCAAUAGCCGAAUCAGCACCACUCACCACGAUGGCAACAAAGCGGCAGCCCUUCUUGCUCAACUGGGAAUCGAAGCUACACUAGUCCAGACCAUCGCGGAAGACUCAGCACCUAUGUUACUUCGUGCAAUCAUCCAUCUUGAACAGUCGAGCACACCGAGUUACAUCUUUGAGUUUCGAGGAUAG